CGACGGUGUAAGAUCUGCUUGGAGUUUUUUGAGGAAACACCAGUAAAUAUAUUUCAAAGAGGCACUUUAAGGUGCGACAAAGAUAAUGAAGCUGCUCUUUGCCGUGUUGGUCACUCUGAUGAUUAGGGAUAUUUUCGUGACAGUCGAAGGUUCUUCAAUAAAAGUUGAGAUCCGAAGCGAAGGCUGUAAUGAUCCAGAUAAAACGCCAAAUACAUGCGGCAAAGCAUAUAUCAAGGUGAAUGACGUUGAACACGCUAAACAACGCAGAGGGCACAAUGUUGUCGUCGUGGAUGCAGUAAUAGGAAUUGUAGAGGACUCCGUGGUUUACGAUACCCAUGGAAAUACUGACGCUGGUAACCAGUUAAAAGGCUUUCUUAACGCAAUUUCUGGAGAUAAGAUAGUCCUGGUUGCAGUACAAGACGAGGGCUCACGCUUCAGUAAAGAUGCUUCUGAUGCACUGACAAGAAUGGGAGGCUACGAUCUGGACUCUCUCGACUACCGAGGAUCAUACGCUCUUGUUGGACACCCAGGAGAACAGAAGCCAUCUUAUGUUAAACAAGUGCAGAGCAAGAGUGGACAGGGUCCAAGCAUAAUCUCCAUGACAAUUCCACUCACGGAAAGCCUCACUGACGAGUUGAACAACGAAUGUGAAGCCGAUACUGUUUGACAUCCAUUUUAUGUAACCAGACCGUAGGACGUAGGACUUUUUUUGGACGGCUGGAUUCAGUUUCCAAAGGAGUUGCAAAGUUACCACUUAUUGUCCUAGUUUGAUACCUUAGCUUAGCCCCCUAAUUUUACCUGUCUCGUGUAGAAGCGGUUAGUUGGCCGUCAUGCAUCUCAAAAAAUGCCAAAAAAAAAAGAAAAAAAAGCAUGCAUGAAGCAGUAAAGAUUGAUAGGUGAAUAAAAAUCAAAGUGAUACCCAUG